AUGAUUUUUAUUAUUUUUAUUAUUCUCUUUCUAUUAAUUUCACUAUUAGUAGUAUAUAUCAUUAAAAGAUAUAGAAGGAGAGGGUAAAUUCCUUAAUCUUCAAUACCUAUAAAAUUGGAUAACAAUAAGGAGAGUGCAUAAGAAAAAACAGAAAUAGAAUCAAUAACUAUUACUAAAUAAAGUUCUAAUAAAACCAAUAACAAUUGUGAAUAAAAUUAUCAUAGAGAACAUUUAAUUGAUGAAUAAGCUUUUUCAUUUAAUGAAGAUAGUGAUAAUGAAAAAGAUGAAGAAAUGAAUUCUUCAGGAAAUUAAUCAUCAGAUCAUAAAUAAAAUCAUGUAUUCCAGUUUCAGGAACAUGAAUAAAAAUUAGAUGAAUUAAUUGAAUCAGAAAAUUGA